AUGCGAGCUUGGGCUUCAACAUUAGCCAUUGGGCUUAUAGCUCCAACUUCAGUUCUGUCCCACACAAUCGCUACAAGAAAGACAGAAUCAACUCUCUGCGCAGCAGACAGUCGCCAGAUUGUUUCGAAUAGCAGUGAUAUCUGGCCAUGGCAGACAUACAAAUCCUCCAACCUCACACCGCCGCAUCUCACGAUAAACAAAACGAGCGAGGAUCUAGCUUCCGGAUUACUCUUUAUCGGUCAAGAAGACGAUAGCACCACCGGCGUGAAAGAAAUUUCACCAUUCAUCUUAACAGAUGAUAAUGAGCUUGUAUGGGGUGGACCAGUUGGAGACUCUUCCAACUUCCGCCAACAAUACUGGGGAGAGAAGUCUGUUAUCUCUUUCUGGGUUGGUACAGGCAAGGCCGCUUAUGGAGCUGAUGCGGGUCGAGGAUGGGGCGAGGUACAGAUUUACGAUGAUGAGUAUAAUUUGUUGAAGUCGGUUUGUUUGCAACUCAAUUUGACUCUGCCUACUGGUACGACUACGGAUUGCGAUGCGGAUGUCCAUGAGUCGUUCAUCACGGAGGAUAAUACUAUUCUCUUGACUGCGUAUAAUACUUCUCAGGCGGAUUUGACUUCUCUAGGUGGAGAUAAGGAUGGAUGGGUUUAUGAUUCUAUUGCUGUUGAGCUUGAUCUGGAGACCAAUGAGCCUGUGUUUAUCUGGAGUCCGCUCGCUCACUUGAAUGUCAACCUUACUCAUGAGCCGUUUACUGGUUCGAACCUGACAGACCCAUUUGAUUGGUUUCAUAUCAACUCCAUUCAGAAGUGGGGAGAUCACUAUCUGAUCAAUUCGCGUCAUCUUUGGCGUACAUUCCUGGUUAAUCGCCAGGGUGAGAUCGUCUGGUACAUCGAUGGUGCAGAUGGAGGCGACUUUGGUACACUACCCACCAACGGAACCUUUUCCUGGCAACACAUGGCCCGUCUUCGCAACGUCUCCUCAAACCCCAACGAAGUUCUCCUUAGCUACUUCAACAACGACCUCGACUCAGCAACUGCCACCAACCCCUCCAAGGGCCUUACCCUCCGCUUGACACUCCCUCCCAACCCGGAAAAUCCUCCAAAGCUAGAAACCGACUUCUACGACCACAAAUACCCCAUCUCCUCCGCCGCCGAAGGAUCCUUUACACCCCUCGACAAUGGAAACACACUCAUGGGAUACGGCGACGAGCCCUACAUCAAAGAAUACGGCCCAUCAGGCGAUCUGCGCUGGUCGGUCCAAUUCGCAGGCUACAAUCUCGGUCAAAGCUACCGUGUCUAUAAACAGGAAUGGCACGCGACUCCAUACUAUAAGCCGAGUCUUGUGGUUGGUACUGUCACUGCUAAAGAUGAUUUGAGUGAGUGUGCGGGCUCAUCAUCACUUCGAGGAUAUGUUAGCUGGAAUGGAGCUACGGAUGUUGAAAAGUAUGAGGUUUAUGCUGGGAAUAGUCAGAAGAACCUGAAGUCUCUGGGUGAGAUUGAGAAGAAGGGAUUUGAGACACAGUUUACGUUGCCGGGUGGUACGAAGGUGGUGCAGGUUGCUGCUAUACAAUCUGGUCGUGCUAUCAUCAUGGCCAAAACAAUUAUCGUAACUGGAGCUUCCCGAGGCCUCGGUCUCGCAAUUGCCAAAUAUCUACUCUCAGCCCCUCAAUCCCACAAUGUAGUUGUCAUGGCACGCAACGUUGAGCUUCUCAAAAAGCUCAAAGACGAAUACCCAAAGCAAGUCGAGGUGGUAAGCGGGGAUCUGGCAGAUUUCUCCCUCGCACAAAAAGCCGUCGAUGCGGCAAUCAAGUCAUUCGGUCAACUGGACGGUAUGGUUCUUAACCAUGGUAUUUUGGGCCAAACGGGCAAGAUUGCCGUUACAGAUGUUGCGGAGUGGCAGAAGGCAUUUAAUGUUAAUUUCUUCAGCUUGGUUGCAUUUGCUACGGCGGCUCUUCCUGCUCUCCGCGAGUCCAAGGGAAGAAUCAUCCUUACUUCUUCCGGAGCAGCUGUGAAGAAGUAUCGUGGUUGGGGUAUUUAUGCCGCGAGCAAGGCUGCCCUGAACAACUUUACACAGACGCUUGGGGCUGAAGAGCCGGAUGUUGUAUCUAUCUCUAUUCAGCCUGGAAUGGUUGAUACGGAUAUGCAGAAGGAUCUGCGCGAGGAGCGCGGCACAACUCUCGAUGCUGAUAUGCACUCGAAGUUUACUGGGGCUUUUUCCGCUGGUGCGCUUCUCAAGCCUGAGCAGCCGGGUCAUGUUUUCGCUAAGGCGGUUCUUGAUGCGCCGGUCGAGUUGUCGGGAUUGUCUAUUGCAUGGAACGACAAGGAGCUUGCAGCUUUCCAGGACUAG